AUGAUUUCAGGCCAGAAGCCUCACGUGCUCAUUAUUGGAGCUGGAAUUGGCGGGUUGACGUUGGCGCAGCUAUUGCGAAAGCGGAAAAUUAGCUUUCAAGUUUUUGAAAAGGAUCCGGAGGCGAGGACGUCUGGCUGGUGUAUCUCGCUUCAUUCGAUGUUGGAAGAGUUGCGGGCCUCGGUCCCAGACGACAUGGCGCCACUGGAAACGACUAGUCACCUUAUCCCGUUCGACUUGCCAGCCCAGUCGGUGAUAUAUCCGAGCAACGAUCCCGAUGUUCGCUUUGGGGCAACGUCCAAGGGCCCCAACGACUUUCUGAGAUGCAACCGCGAACGACUCCGGCAGUGGCUCAGCACCAAUGUCACAGUGAACUUCAAUAAGAGGCUUUCGUCGAUUGAAGAAACCUCCGCUGGCGUCGCUGUACAGUUCCAGGACGGUAGCUCUGCCACCGGUGACAUCGUGGUCGGUGCGGAUGGCGUGCACAGCGCUGUGAGGAAGUACCUGUACAGCGGGGAACUUCCGAAGAAUCUUCCACUUGGAGUGAUCGGGGGUGAGCUCACGCUGAGUGGUCGGGACAUGGAGAUACAACUAGAGCAGGGCCACUCAACCCAUACUGUCUUUCUCCCGGAAGAGUCGGAAGACGCUGCGCCCAAGUUCAUCACACUCUUCACUGCCAUGGAGAAGGUCCACCCGUCUGGCGACGCCGGAGACUUCUACUGGGCUUUGACUUGGAGAGACAAAAACGCCGAGUCUGACUCUUUUUGGACCAAGUCCGCAUCCCAGGAGGACUUGCAAGAAUUCGCCAAAAAGCUCACCCGCAACAUGCGGCCGGAGUUCCGCGACGUUAUCGAGCGCACAGCUGUAGACAGGAUGCUGGGCAACCCCUUUCCGCUCCGAACAUUCACGUGCCCCGAUAUGCGCGAAAGCCGAGUGACCUUGCUUGGCGAUGCGGCGCACUGUAUGCCUCCAUUCGGGGGUCAAGGGGGAGUUCAGGCCAUCAUGGAUGCGCUCCUCCUCGCGAAACGCGUCGGAGAGACUGGCGAUGAAGCCGGGAUCGAGGACCCCAUCAAGAAGGUCUUGUCUCAGUAUCAGGACGAGAUGAUUGCCCGAGGAAACGAUGCCGUGCUGAAGAGCUUGGCUGUGUACGACCCUAACGCCAAAAGGUUUGCGUUCGACCGAAAACCUGAGUCAGUGCCUAAAGAGCAAAUUUCGUUGCAGGAUCUCGCGCGAGUCUGA